AUGAGGCGACACCCCCUCCAGAACAUCACUGCAUCGGAGAUACGCCGAGCAGCAGAUAUUGUACGACGCAGCAUAAAGAGUAGAGGAAAUUUGACAUCGAUCCGGUUCAAGUAUAUCAUGUUUCAUGAGCCUCCCAAGGCCCUGUUGAUGCCGUAUCUUGAUGCGGAAAGCGACGGUAUCCCAGUCGAGUCGAGACCGUUCGUGCCUCGACUUGUUGCAGUGCUAUAUGCAGAUGAGAGUGGCCGAGAGGGAUUCGAAAGCAUUGUCAGCUUGGAUACUGACACCGAAGUAGAUGUAAUAAAGCUAUUAGCCGGGCAACAGGUUCCUAAUGACGGUGGCCAGCCGCAACAGUUUAUCCAGACAAUCCUCAACGAUUCCUCCGUCUUAGCGGCCAUCUCCAAGCUAAAUCUCCCCACUAGUGCCACGGUGUACUGUGAUCCAUGGAGCUAUGGGGCGGACAAGUUCUCCCAUGCCGACACACCUGCACAGAUCCAGGCGUACCUGUACGUCUGCACCUCCCCGCAUCCGGAAAGUAAUCAGUAUGCUUUUCCUCUGCCCUUGUCCCCAGUUCUCGAUAUCGCUAAGAACAAGGUUAUCCGGAUCGAUACACUAGACACGGGAGGUGUCGAAGAUGGGAUGAAGCAUAAUACGGGAUAUGAGACACCCCCAGCCAACUUUCAGCCCAAGGAGUACCAUCGAGACCUGCUGGAGGUUCCCGUUAGGGCAGAUCUCAAGCCUUUGCAUGUUGUUCAGCCCGAGGGCCCAAGCUUUGCCGUCUCAAAUGGGAAUCUCGUGCAAUGGCAGAAAUGGCGGUUUCGCGUUGGGUUUCAUUACCGAGAUGGCCUAGCCAUCCACGAUAUCCGCUAUGACGGGAGAAAGGUCUUUUAUCGGCUCAGUCUAAGUGAAAUCACGGUGCCAUAUGGUGAUCCACGAGCCCCGUACCACCGGAAGCAAGCAUUCGACAUUGGUGAGGCAGGCGCCGGGGCUUGUUCCAAUGUCCUUGGCUUGGGCUGUGACUGCUUGGGUCUGAUCCAAUACUUCGAUGGAUGGCUGGCCGACGAGAAUGGAGAGGCACGGGAGGCUCGUAAUGUGAUCUGCAUGCAUGAGCAAGAUUCGGGAAUCGGGUGGAAGCAUACCAGCCGUCAGACCGGAGUAGCGUCUAUCACCCGAGGGCGGACGUUGGUGCUGCAGAGCAUCCUCACACUCAUGAACUACGAUUACAUAUUCGCGUGGAUUUUCCACCAGGAUGGGACAGUGCAGUUUGAAAUUCGUGCCACGGGAAUUAUCUCAACGGCCCCGAUUGAGAAAGGAAAACACAGCCCCUGGGGCAGUAUAAUCGCACCAGGGGUUCUAGCCCAGAAUCACCAGCACUUCUUCUGCCUCCGCAUCGAUCCAAUGAUCGAUGGUACCCGGAAUACCCUGGUACAGGAAGAGUCAGUUGCUCUUCCAGAAACGGAGGAGAACCCCUUUGGAAAUGCGUGGACAGUGCAGACAAGUGUUUUUGAGAAGUCGACGUUUGCCGAUGCAGCACCCGAAAAGAACCGCGUAUUCAAGAUCAUCAACGAGAGCCACCGCAACCGCAUCUCUGGGAAUCCAGUUGGCUAUAAACUAGUUCCUGUAGUGUCGCAGAUGCUUCUUGCCGGGAAGAGCUCAGUGACCCGCCAGCGUGCACGCUUUGCCGAGCACCAUAUCUGGGUCACACGGUACCGGGAUGGAGAGCUAUGGGCCGGUGGGCGGUGGACAGAGCAGAGCGUGAAGGAGACAAACGGCGUUUUUGACCAUGCGGCACGGAAUGAAGAUGUGAAAGACGAGGAUAUCGUCGUCUGGCAUACAAUUGGCCUGACCCAUACCCCGACCCCGGAGCAAUUCCCGGUAAUGGGGGUUGAAAUCCUCUCAGUCUCUCUGAAGCCGGCCCACUUCUUCGAGUUCAACCCUGCUUUGGACGUCCCGCAGAGCACUCAGGCUAUCAACAAAAGCGUCCAAGUUGAAAGGACGAGCACCUCGUCCUGUUAA